UCCUCACUCCCAAUCUCUCUUCCCCGAUUGAAACCUAGAUCUUGCGUCGCCGUCUGCUGCCUCCGCCGGUUAUUCGGGUGUCUCGUCGCCGUAUCACUGAUUAUUCCUUUAUUUAUUGGAUAAACUAAAGCUAUGACGAUGGGGAAUGAAGAUAGAAUUAGCAACUUGCCUAGUGAUCUUCUGAUAUCUAUAAUCUCUCGACUUACCAUCCAAAGAGCUACUACUACUUCCAUACUUUCAACACGUUGGCGGUAUCUCUAUUGCUACAUCACUGAUCUCUAUUUCCCAAGCCAUAUACCUUACGUUGUAACAGAGUCAGACUACUCAAGAGUUGUCCAACAUGUCUUGGAUUCACACAGAGGCAGUCGGAUAAAAGAGUUCAGGUUGUGCAUGUCUAAAGGCCUCUAUUUUGAGAGGUGGUUUGAGUUUGCCGUAUCUAAGAAAGCUGAAAUAAUUCAUUUAAGUGGUAAACAUGAUAUUGAUUACGAGGCUCUAUUUCUUAGACUUCCAAAUACGAAUAAUGGAUUUGAAUGCCUUAAAGAUUUGUAUCUACAUAAAUCUAGAAUGACCGAACAAGACUUGAAGCUUUUGCUCUCCAAUUGCAUUGCUCUUGAAUCCUUGAAACUUGAUUUUCCAUUCAAGUUGGAUAAUGUCUCAAUUGUUGGCCACACUAAACUGAAGCAUUUGAGCUUGACCUGCUUGGUAGCUGACUCCAUUGUGAUUCAAGAUGCUAUUAGCCUCGUUUCUUUGAAGCUGUAUGUCUUGAUCGAUAGAUUCUCCAUGCAACUUAGUAAUACUCCCAAGCUUACCCAACUCUAUUUUGAAGAACAUUUUCCUCUAAAAUUGUUUGAUGAGCUCCUUACUAGAAUGCCAGCUUGCAUGCGCAACCAACUCCAAAUAAUGCACCUCUCAGCUAAAGUUUGUUGUAUCUCUGAGAUGCAUCAGAAGUUGUCAUGGGUUGAUCUUGUAAAUAUAAAACGUCUAGAGUUGAACCUUUAUUCAAUGGGUAGAAGUCCCGGCCCGAAUUUUUUACGCAAUUUCUUUCGAUUGGUUCGUUUGGUUGAAGCAUGUAGUUCGCUGGACAAACUUGUGAUAACGUUUCGACAUUGGCUGUCCUCUCAUAGUGAAGACAUGUUAGAAACAUAUGUUGGAUCUAGAUGCGAGUUGUCUCCAAAGUAUUUGAAAAUCUCACAAUAUUCUGGUGCUCCAUCACAAUUGGCUUUUACUUUGUACCUAAUCGAUAAUGCUAGAUCUCUUAAAAAAGUGUCUGUGGUGGCUCGAGAUGAAGAGGCAUUAGCUUGCGCACGCCAUGAUUUUCAACAUAUUGCAUUUGUUAGUUUUUCAGUUAUGUAACUGAUGUAGUCUGUUUUCUAGUACUACUACUUGUUAACUUAAUUUAUUUUCAAAAUGCAAGAACUGUUCCGAAAUUUCUUUAAUAGUUUUUCAUACCUUCCCUUAAA